AUGAGCUCGCCUCUUCGUGAUAACCCGGCCUCGGCCAACCGCGGAGCCGCUCCGCGUUCGAGCCGCAAGCGCACGCGCGCCGGCGACGAUGCCACCUCCUCCGUCGGUCCGGGUUCGAGCCCCAUGCCCUCCUCGCCGCCAGCUCCGUUUGACGUCGCCCACGGCGUCGAGGACGACGAUGAGAUUGAGGAGGAGGCUGAGAUUCAGGACGACAUUGACGACAUUGACGAGAUGGCCGACGAUGAUGUCGACCUGUUCCGCGAAGGCUUCGAGGCCGACUACAGAGCUCGAGAGGACGACGCCUACGAGGGCGCUGACCUUGACGACGAUGGCCAAUACGACGACAUGGACCUCGGCGCCCGGCGGCAGCUCGAGGCUCAGCUCAACAGACGCGACAGAGAAGUCGCUCGGAGGCAGCGUGUCCCCGCCGCCUUUCUACCUGGAGACGACGACGAUGGCGACAUUGAUCUGACCGCUCAGCCGCGUCGCCGUCGCCAUCACUACGACGAGGACCCAGACGACGUCAUGGAUGCCGACAUCAUGGACGAGGAGCUGUCCCUCGAGGCCCUCGGCGACGUCAAGGCCGCGAACCUGACCGAGUGGGUGUCGAUACAGCCCGUGCAGAGGACCAUCAAGCGCGAGUUCAAGGCGUUCUUGACCUCGUACAUUGACGCGUCAGGAUCCUCCGUGUACGGUAACCGCAUCCGCACGCUCGGUGAGAUCAACGCCGAGUCUCUCGAGGUGUCGUACGAGCACCUGUCUGAAAGCAAGGCCAUCCUCGCCUACUUCCUGGCCAACGCCCCGGCCGAGAUGCUCAAGCUCUUCGACGAGGUUGCCAUGGACGUUGUCCUCCUCCACUACCCCGACUACGAGCGAAUCCACUCUGAGAUUCACGUGCGCAUCUUUGACCUCCCCGUCCACUAUACCCUCCGACAGCUGCGCCAGUCCCAUCUCAACUGCCUCGUGCGAGUCAGCGGCGUCGUCACUCGCCGAUCCGGCGUCUUCCCGCAGCUCAAGUACGUCAAGUUCGACUGCACCAAGUGCGGCGUCACGCUCGGCCCUUUCCAGCAAGAGUCCAAUGUCGAGGUCAAGAUCACUUUCUGCCAGAGCUGCCAGUCUCGCGGCCCGUUCACGCUCAACUCGGAGAAGACGGUGUACCGCAACUACCAGAAGCUCACCCUGCAAGAGUCGCCCGGAACCGUCCCGGCCGGCCGUCUGCCGCGCCAGCGAGAAGUCAUCCUGCUGUGGGACCUUAUCGACCGGGCAAAGCCUGGUGAGGAGAUCGAAGUCACGGGCAUCUACCGCAACAACUACGACGCGCAGCUCAACAACAGGAACGGCUUCCCCGUUUUUGCCACCAUCCUCGAGGCCAACAACGUGGUCAAGUCGCACGAUCAGCUUGCCGGCUUCCGCAUGACCGAGGAGGACGAGCACGAGAUUCGCAAGCUGUCCCGGGACCCCAACAUUGUUGACAAGCUUGUCAAUUCCAUCGCCCCCAGCAUUUACGGCCACACAGACAUCAAGACUGCCGUUGCCCUGUCGCUCUUCGGCGGUGUCGCCAAGACCACCAAGGGUGCUCAUCAUGUGCGCGGCGACAUCAACGUCCUCCUCCUCGGUGAUCCCGGCACGGCCAAGUCCCAAGUGCUCAAGUACGUGGAGAAGACGGCUCACCGAGCGGUCUUUGCCACGGGCCAGGGCGCCAGCGCGGUCGGUCUGACGGCUAGUGUCCGUCGCGACCCGCUGACGAGCGAGUGGACGCUUGAGGGCGGCGCGUUGGUGCUGGCGGAUCGGGGCACGUGCCUGAUUGAUGAGUUCGACAAGAUGAACGACCAGGACAGGACGUCGAUCCACGAAGCCAUGGAGCAGCAGACCAUCUCCAUCUCCAAGGCCGGCAUCGUCACGACGUUGCAGGCCCGCUGCGGCAUCAUCGCCGCCGCCAACCCGAUAGGCGGCAGAUACAACUCCACCAUCCCCUUCUCUGCCAACGUGCAGCUGACGGAACCUAUCCUGUCGCGUUUCGACAUCCUGUGCGUGGUGCGGGAUACGGUCGAGCCAGCCGAGGAUGAGCGCCUGGCGCGCUUCAUCGUCGGUUCGCACAGCCGCAGCCACCCGCUGUCGCAGGCAACGGCAGCACAGGACUCGAUGCAAGUCGAGCACGACUCGGAGCAGGUGGACACGCAGGGCACGAACGCGAGCACGAGAAAGGAGGGCGAGAUCCCGCAGGAGCUGCUGCGCAAGUAUAUCCUGUACGCGCGGGAGCGCUGCAGCCCCAAGCUGUACCACAUGGACGAGGACAAGGUCGCACGCCUGUUUGCUGACAUGCGACGAGAGUCGCUGGCGACGGGAGCGUACCCCAUCACGGUCCGCCACCUCGAGGCCAUCAUCCGCAUCAGCGAGGCCUUCUGCAGGAUGCGGCUUUCCGAGUACUGCUCCGCGCAGGACAUUGACCGGGCCAUCGCCGUGACGGUCGACAGCUUCGUCGGCAGCCAGAAGCUGAGCUGCAAGAAGGCGCUCGCCCGUGCGUUUGCCAAGUACACGCUCGCCCGGCCUGGUGCCACGGAGCAGAGGAGGGGUGGUGGCUCGCGCCGGCGCCCAACGGCGGUGAUGGCUUAG